AUGAAUGCAAUCAGAAGCUGCUCCGGUUUCGAUUUCAGUACAGUAUCAAGGAAGGGAGCUGGUCAAAAGGGCUCAUCAGCAUCGUCAGGAUUUCAGUUUCAGAUGCCACUCCACUAUCCGAGGUUCAAGAAGAACGACUACGAGACGAUGCCCGAAUCGAGGCUGGACUGCUUGUUGAAGGAAUACGGCCUGCCUGUUGUUGGAGGUUUUGAUGAGAAGAGGAAGUUUGCCAUGGGAGCUUUUCUUUGGCCUUCAGAGCAGUAA